AUGGGAGGCCAGAUCGACUGGAUCGCAAUGCACAACGCAUGCAUGGGCAGGAUCGCCAAAGUCGUCGGGGAGGACCUGUACUGCGCCAUGUACUUGAAAUCCAAGCUGUCCAUCACGUGUGAGCCGCUGGGCCCCAGCCCGGGCGGCCAGGCGCUCGACGUCAGCGGCCCGAUGGCGCGGGAGGAGCCGGGCUGCGAGGUGGAGCCGGGCUCCGCAGCCAGCAGCAGCGGCGAGGAGUCCACAUCCAGUGACCCCCUGUCCGACUACUUUCUCACAAAACUAGACACCCUGGCAGGCCUGGCAGUGCGGUACAACGUCACGGUCUCUGACAUCAAGCGCGCCAACGGCCUCCUAGCAGACACAGCCAUGUUUGGGAAAGACACGCUGCUGAUACCCACGCGGCCGCUGCCAGUCGGGCCCGAGUACUCGACAUGGGCGGGCAUGAUUGUGACGCACUAUGGGCGGCUGGGGCCCAGCGACGACUCUGUGGGCACACCCAGCGACUCGCCCUAUGCCCACUUCUCCCGCACGCGGGCCAUGCAGCAGCUGCGCGGCUACUACAGCACCGGGCCCAGCAGGUCGCAGUCGCCGCAGUAUGGCUCAGGCGCCGAGGAUGGCGACCGGCACCACCUGUUUGCCGGCAGCGGGUUGCGCGGCAGCGGCAGCGUCAGCGACUGGGGGGCUGCUGGGGGGCAGCCGCAGGUUGUGGAGCUGAUGGAGCGGCACAGCGUCAGCGCCUCUGCGCACUACAUAGAGGAGCGGCUGCGAAGGCGCGGCCGCGGCGACUCGCAGCAGGACGACGAUGCUCCUGCAGGCAGCGGCGGUGCAGCAUCCAGCAGCAGCGGCGGCGGGUUUUCCAUGUUCAACCGCCAGCCGCUGUUCCCGGCGGCCAGCGCGGCGCAGGCGCAAGCGCAGGCGACUGCGCUGGCCAAUGCGGGCGGGCGCCAGCUGCGGCACUGGAAGGACUCGUUGCUGCAGAAGCUGAAGAAGGUUGCCAGCCAGCCGGCACUGGCUGUGCCCGGCGGCGCGGCCACGGGGUUGCAGCAACCAGGCCAGGCGGCGGUAGCAUCAGCGGCGCCUCUUCUGGCGGGCGGUGACACCCGGCAAGAUCGGGCCCCCAUGCGGCAGCGAUUGGCGUCCAGCGAUUCGCGCAAAGCUGACUGA